AUGGACGAAAAGAAUGUUUUUGAUGUUUCUUCUUAUGUAUUCUUUGAAGCAACUGGUGACUCAGAGGCUGAUGUUGUGGUUGAUCCUAACAUUGUUACCGCCGUUAAACAUAAGGAUGACGAUGCUGAAUCAUGUAGCCACAAUUUAUCUGGCUUCCCAUUUGUUUGUGAUGUAAAUAAUGGCCUUGAUGCUCAAGCUGUACAUGUUGAUGAUGAAGUGGAGGAAGGAGAGGAGGUUCAAAGUUACAGAACAUGGCCUGGUGAAGAACAAAACCGUCCCCCUGGAGACAAGAAAAAGAAUGAUUCAUCUGAAAAUGUAAUGAGUGAAAUGGAGAAGAACAAGCUGUUCUGGGAAACAUGUCUGGCUUCUUAA